ACGGGAAACGCUGGGAUCAGUAAUGGAAGCUGGCCCGUGUGUGCUAAUUAGCCCCCGAAGCUAGCAGGGCAGCGACGAAUAGUUCAUCAUGGAUGACGAUGACCUGGAUGAGUUGUUAGAUGAAGUGGAAAAAAAGUUUUGCAGUAAGGUUUCUGCUGCGUGUUCCGAUGAAAAACGCAACAAACACGAAAAUAAGCAAGGCGAAUGGAGUGCUUCAAAACAUGAGGAACCAAAAAGCAGCGUUUCUGAGGACAUCGAUGCCCUUCUGGAGGAAUUACUGGAGGAUGAUUAUAGCAGUUCUCCUCAAUCAAAGAGCGAACCAUUUUCUAAAAGAGAACAAGCAGUGAAGAAGCUCUCAUUUCAGACUGCGGGAAGAAAGUGCUGUCCUGUUUUCAUCGGUGGGAGCUCAGUCCCAAACGGUGUUGGAACCGCCACAUCACAGAGGUCAUGUGACCAGCUGAGGUGCAUCUCUUGUGACUUCCGGGUGUUGAUGUUUGACGAUUCUGAAUGGGACGCAUCAUGUGAUUACCUGUUCCUCAGGAACAACGUACCGGACCGCCAGAAGCUCAGAGACAAGUUGAAGAAGAGGAAAGGUUUACGGGCCUAUGCCUGCCAGUGCAACUGGGUCUCCACCUCAGAGACGACUGACCUCAGAGACCAGCCUCAGCUCAGAUGGGUCUGUGGCAAACACCUGGACUGAUGCUCACACCUUACAGCUGAUCAACACGCCGCUCACACAGCAUGGACCACAGCACUAACAAAACGUAUAGUGCAUUAAUGUUGUAGACCAAUAUUUAAUCCUUUUUCUGGAUUUUGUCAGCAUCUGUGUCUGCUAAGCUGCCAACUUCCCCAUUAUUUGGUCACUUACUAAUAAUGGUCUAUGUCUGCUGCCCUGAGCAUGCUCAGUGUGGUUUCUGUCCCAAAACAAUUUCCCACUGAGGCUGAAAACAGUAUUAUCUGACUCGUGAGAGGGAACUAGAAUAAUAAAUGUGCAACAAAGGAAACAAUAAACUGUAUCGCGACUUUUCCAGCAAGUCGCCAUGCACGUUAAUUUUUAAAUCAGAGUGAAGACAUUUAAAGGUGACCUAUUAUACUUCCUUUUAAACAUUUGGGAUAGGUCUAUGGGCUAUACAAAACAUGUUAAUUACAUUUUUCUCACAAAAUUAUUCUCAGAUAAUGAGAUUUCACCUCCUCAGUUUUCCAUUUUUUGAGCUCUUUUCAGAAUGAGCUGUUUUAGGGCUCUGUCACUUUUAUGCAAAUCAGCUGUAUCUGUCCGCGCCCAGCACUUCAUACACGUGAAAAAGAAACUCGAAACUUAUAAAGGACAAAACAUUAACGCAUAUACUUGACUCCGCGUAUGUCUGGACUCAAAGCAGAUGUCCGCUGGACAUGUUCAAGCAAAGCUCAGUUUUUAUGACUGCGUACACAAUGCAACACAAUAAACUACUUGGCGGGAAAAAGUCUCCACAUGGAACUAUUUUAUAUGUGACACACUGCUCCGAGCAGCCGGUCGCGAGUACGCGCAGCGUCACGGCCACUCUACCUCGCACUGACAGCGGUAUUCCCAGUGUUGCCAGGUGUACGAUCAUUAUCGUAUUUGUACGAUAAUUUUGCUCUCUGUACGAUGUACAAUCAAUAUUCCUCAAAAAAAAAAAGGCCAAAUGUACGAUAAUUUGACCAUUCCGUGAA